CCCUCUUCGCCACUUGCCCCACUCUUCCGACUUCGUUCCCACCAUUUCUUGUUGCCCAAGUUUCCAACAGCAGAUUAUUAUUUUUUUUAUAAAAAAAAAAAUUGAAUCAAUUUGGAAAUCAGAAGGAAGGGGAACAGGACUGCCCUGGAAUCGAGUAGUAGUUGAUGAGCGAUCGAAGGAGAUGAGCUGCAACGGAUGCAGAGUUCUCCGCAAGGGCUGCAGCGACUCCUGCCUGCUGCGGCCUUGUCUCCAGUGGAUCGACUCCGCCGAGGCUCAAGCGCACGCCACUGUGUUCGUCGCCAAGUUCUUCGGUCGCGCCGGCCUCAUGUCAUUCAUCUCCUCCGUCCCCCCUUCACAACGCCCAGCUCUGUUCCAAUCCUUGCUGUUCGAGGCAUGCGGGCGGACCAUCAACCCGGUGAACGGCGCCGUGGGCCUACUGGGGACCGGCAACUGGCAUCUCUGCCAGGCAGCCGUGGAGACCGUCCUCCUCGGCGGCGCGCUGCGCCCUCUGUCGCAAUUCGCGACUGAGGGUCACUGCGACGAGGCAUCGCCUGAGGCAGACGGCCUCAGCCCCCCUCCGAAAAUAGGGUUCUCCUCCUUCUCAACGCUCAAGCGACGGAAAGCGCCAGCUCCAUCCCACGAAGACGGAGCGCCGUCGUGCGAUCUGGACUUGUGUCUGGUUCCUCCAUCCCCGCUCGGGGGAGCGAGGGACGAGAAGCGGAGUUGGCGGCCAGGGACACCGUCGAUGAACUCCGAGGGUUCUGUGACGACGAGCGGCGGCGAAAGCCCCGGAAGCGACCGACUCACCGCCGAGCCGAAACUUCUCAAUCUCUUCGUAUGACGACGGUCGGUUCCAUAGACUGCCCGACCUCGCGUCCUUACCCGCUUUGAUCCCGGCGAAAGUUUUGCUGUUGCCCGAAGCCGGCGAGACUCGCAAAUUAAUAUUUUAAUUCUGGUUUUUUAUGGUAACAAGCCGGCUGGAUGCUGCCAUUUGGUACAUAAUUAGUGCCCUUAACCUGAUCCACUAAAUAAUAAUAUCUCAUAAUUAGCUUCCUAUCUUCAUGGGAAUAAUUAUUUCUUGUACCUACCUAAACUUGUAGUUGCUGGAUUUUAAUCGAAGACUCAAGUUAAGUUAACGGGACGAUUUCUUUCUGCUUAAUUCGCCAGAUUUAAGCUGCCCUUCUAAAAGAUGCAGUGCCUUCCGAUGUGUCAUACUUAUCCAAACCUCUUGCGUCUUUCACUAUUCCUUUUGACGGCAACAAAGAGGAUAGGGAGAGGUGAAGUCCGUCGGGUAGUGGAGAGAGAAAGUGAACGGCCUUUGGCGAAGCGGAGGAGCCGCGACUGCAGCGGAAGGGAAGGCAUCCCCGUCUCCCGCGCGGUGGGCGCUGAGGCGGUGCGAUUGUUUGUUUGUAAAUAAAUCUUUGCUAGCUUUACCAUGGCCAAUACAUGCGGUGCAGUUGAUUCCAACACGCCGCCUUCACUUGCGCCUCGCACCGCCGCGUUCGGUGGCGGGGCCCUCUCUCCACUCUCCCUGCUACUGCUACUUGCGCACCGAACCUUCUUCCUUCCUUUUCUCUCUCUUUUUAUCACGAAGACGGGGCGAAUCGACGGUCUUGGGGAAUCAGGAAGAAAUCCGUCGAUGGGCAUGGGAUGAUGGAGGAAGAUGCUGCAGAGGAAGAAGAAGAUAGGAAAGGAGAGGAACCAGUGGCGUCGCAACUUGGAGAUUUGAUUGUUUUGGAUCGAAAAGAAGUAGCGCGCGGCCGUGGUGCAUGGGUAAUUAAUGUCCAGGCGGCAGGCGGUGCGCAGCGUCAGGCAAAGCAAAAGCAGCGUUAUUCGAUUGGGCUUCUGAUGUGAUGCCACCGUCCUGACCUGACCUGACCUGUAUGCGAUGCCUUGGAUCCACCACCUGAAAGUUAGCCUUGAUAAAUAUAGAUGGAUUUUGUAAACUUUUAAUUAUGAUCCCUCUCCGGUCUCUUACUGUUAGUUAGCUAUAGUUUCCAGUUCUCAAGUUUGAACUCUGUCAAAAUAAUCUUUUUUAGUAAUGUAUCAUUAUCAAUGAUGGUGUUUGAAGCCUCCA